GCCUACUUGCGCGAACUGUUGAUUCAAGCUGGUCGGCCUGAUCUAGCACUUGAGGAUUGCUGGGCCUUUAUUCAGGAGUUAUAUAUGCAUGCACAGACGACCAUUCACCUUCCUCGACCAUCAGCUCCUAGUAGCGUUGCGAAUAUGACUUCAAAGCAAAUAACUGGAGGCAAUGGCGACUUGACUACCGAGGCUGGCUCUACUGACCUUCAAAAUUCUUCUAUUGGGACGGAGUGCCUGCUCGCUCGUCUGCUAACGCUGGAUCUAUCCACCACAGAUGAGGCCGGUAUCAUUACUGCUCUCCGAAAGUCAGAGGUGAUAUUUUGUACAUGCUAG